UGUAAAUUUGGAAUGAUGUUUCUCACUUCUUUUAGUUACCCUUUUUCUUCAUCUUGAUUCUUUUACUCUCUUGUCUGGAUCUCAUUCUCGUUCCAGAUUCUUGAUUUUAUAUUCGUUAUUCAGGAUGAUGCGAGAUUUCAAAUUCUUGCGUCGAAAUUCGGGUAAAAAUCUCAAUUUGGAAGAACCAGAAAAUGUGCCUGUAAAUGUAAACCUUCGUGAGUCAUCGGUUGCUCGGAUGGGCACUGACUCUCAUUCUAGGCCUCCAUUGAACACAAUUCAAGAACCUCUCCAAAACCCUAGCAAACCUGAUCAAGAAUCGGGUUUCAAGAGCUCUAAAAUAUAUAGAACACCCACUAAGGCGAAGGUUAGGUAUCCAGACUCUGGGAUGCCUAUGAGAACUCCAGAAAAGCAAGGGGUUUUGGCUAGAAACCGAAAUGGGUGGGGCCAAGAUUCAAGGGAUGAGGGAAGAAUUGGGAAUGUGAAUACUCCUAGGUCAUGUAGGACACUGGGGAGAACUUCUUCGGCUUUUGCUGAGCCUAAUUCUACACAGAGUACACCUACAAAGAGUGUUGGUAAGCCUCCAAACCCAGGGUUGGUUUAUGGAGGUAAUUCUAGGCCUCCUAUCAGUGGAGGUGUCCGUACAUGCAACUUUACAGCAUUGUCUAAAGGAAUUCCGGUAACAUGUAACACUAAUACGAAUGUAAAUGCUAUCGAGGUACCCCAUUUUGAUCUUAAGGAAGAUCCAUCAUUUUGGAUGGAUCACAAUGUUCAAGUUUUGAUUCGUAUCCGGCCACUCAAUGGCAUGGAGAUUGGUACACAAGGUUACAACCGGUGUUUGAAACAGGAAAGUGCACAAUGUUUAACAUGGGUUGGGCAUCCAGAAACUCGGUUCACAUUUGACCAUGUAGCAUGUGAAACAAUUAACCAGGAAACCCUUUUCAAGAUGGUUGGGCUGCCAAUGGUGGAGAAUUGCUUGUCUGGCUACAAUAGUUGUAUGUUUGCAUAUGGGCAGACUGGAAGUGGGAAGACUCACACCAUGCUUGGUGAGAUAAAUGAUCUUGAAGUAAAACCCAGUCCAUAUCGCGGAAUGACACCUCGGAUCUUUGAGUUCUUAUUUGCUAGAAUCAUUGCGGAAGAGGAAAGUCGAAGGGAUGAAAGACUAACGUACUGCUGCAAGUGUUCUUUUUUAGAGAUCUACAAUGAACAAAUUACUGAUCUCCUAGAUCCUUCAUCCACAAAUUUGCAACUGCGGGAAGAUGUUAAGAAGGGUGUAUAUGUUGAAAACCUUACGGAAUUUGAAGUUAAUACUGUGGGUGAUAUUCUUAAACUUCUAAGUCAGGGUUCCGCAAAUAGGAGAGUUGCUGCUACGAAUAUGAACAGAGAAAGCAGCCGUUCACAUAGUGUUUUUACAUGUGUAAUUGAAAGUAGGUGGGAGAAAGAUUCAACAUCCAAUCUACGAUUUGCAAGGCUAAACCUUGUUGAUUUAGCUGGUUCAGAAAGGCAAAAAAGUUCUGGUGCCGAAGGUGAACGCUUAAAAGAAGCUGCAAGUAUUAACAAGUCAUUAUCCACACUUGGUCAUGUAAUAAUGGUUCUAGUAGACGGUGCUAAUGCAAGGACACGACAUGUUCCCUAUCGAGAUUCUAGACUGACAUUUCUUCUUCAGGACUCAUUGGGUGGAAACUCGAAAACAAUGAUAAUUGCUAACGUUAGCCCUUCAAUAAGUUCUGCUACUGAGACCUUGAACACUUUAAAGUUCGCACAGCGUGCAAAACUUAUUCAGAACAAUGCUGUAAUAAAUGAAGAUGCUUCGGGAGAUGUCACGGCACUUCAACACCAAAUACGACUUCUAAAGGAGGAACUUGCUAUCCUUAAACGCUACAAUAUAUCCAAGUCUCUAACGUUUAGUUCAAAAGAUGCUGAAGAGGCAAGACAAGAACAUGAGAAUUGUAGCAAUGCAAGUUCCCUUGAAAUGAAUAUGUUAAAAUUUGAUAAUAUGCUUGGAGAUGAAGGCAAAGUUCUAAGGGUUUCUUCUAAACAGUUGAAAUCGUUAGAGACUUCAUUGAAUGGAGCCCUAAGGAGAGAGCAAUCAACAGAAAGUUCUAUUAAACAGCUCGAAGCAGAAAUAGAACAGUUAAACUGUUUGGUUCGUCAAAGGGAGGAGGAAAACAGGUGCACAAAGAUGAUGCUGAAGUUUCGAGAAGACAAAAUUCAGCGAAUGGAGUCUCUUCUUGCUGGAUCAAUACCUGCUGAUUCUUACUUGCUAGAAGAGAACAACACGCUCAGCGAAGAAAUCCGCAUUCUUCGUGCGAAAGUUGAUAGGAACCCAGAAGUGACGCGUUUUGCUGUGGAAAAUAUUAGGCUUCUUGAACAACUUAGAAGAUUUCAAGAUUUCUAUGAAGAAGGGGAGAGAGAAAUGUUGAUGACCGAGGUAUCUGAAUUGAGGGAUCAGUUGGUUCUCUUUCUUGAUGAGAACUCGAAGGAAGAUAAUCAUAUGAAUUCAAGUAUGGAAAAGGAAGCUGCAGAAGACCAAAAAGAAAGUGAUUCUCUUGAAUUGGAGUUGAAAAAGAGCCAGGAAGAGUUAGAUAAGUGCAGGGGUAACCUGAACUCUUGCUUAGAGAAAAAUUCAAAACUCUGCAGGGAAAUUGUCGAACUAAAUGCUUUACUAGAAAUGCAGAAUUCUGUAGUGCAUGACCAGGAUGGUGGCAUUGAGGUCAUAAAGGAACCCAUACUGGAAUCUUCUUCCAUUGGUGACGAGGCAUCUCAUACGGUUCAAAAGAUGGAUGAUAGUCUUGCAGACACUAAAGAAGUAUUGGAUUUACAACUGGAGCUAGACAUUCUGAAGAUUAUUCUCAAGGAAGAGAGAUUGACCCAUGGGGAAACAGUGGAGAAGGCUUUAUCCUUGAGCAGGGAUCUGAAAGAAGAGCUUCAGGAAGCAAAAUCUGUCAUUGAAGCUCUUGAGAUUCAACAGCUUGUGUCAAUCAAUGAGCUCGAAGAUCUCAAGAACAGUAAUAAGCAAUAUGCUGAAAUAUUGCACCUGCCACCAUCUUCAAACGAUUUGGAAAAUGAAGAUUCACCUUUGCAAGGAAAGUUGAACAAGGUGCAGGCUUCUCUUAGCAAAGCCAAGAGACUGAAUAUGUGGUACCAAGCUGAUCGAGCAUGUCAUGCAUCUAAUGAAGAAGAAAUGGAUGAAGUACGGAGGCAAGUUGAAUCUGAAACAACGGAAGUCAUAGUCUGUUUGCAGGAAGAACUUGUCAGUUUUCAGCAGCAAAUGCAUGAAAGUAGCUUGAAAGAGAGAGAGACCCAACGAGAGUCGACCCUUUUGCAAGAGAAGCUAGGUGUUAUGACUGAAUGCAACAAAGCAUUAAGAGAAAAGUGUGAAGAGAAAGACAGACGAUUAAACAGUUUAUCUGAAGAGAUUGAAGAGGUUCUUACUGCUGGGCACAAGGUGCUUGAUGAUGCCUCGAACCAGCUUGGUCCUGGAAAACGAACAUGGGUGUCUGACCAAUUACAAGUUAUUGCAAGAAACAUCUCCGAAAAGGAGUUACGGAUAGAGGAACUUAACUCCUAUUUAGAGGAUGCAAAAAGCAGAGGUAAUGAAAUGGAGUGCAUGUUGAGGUCGUUGAGAGGGGCAACCUUGGUUAUGUCAGAAGCACACCAGCAAGACUGCAUCAAAAAAGAUCAAGAAAUCCAUCAGUUAUUAUCACAGUUAAGUGAGAAAAGUUCUAUUAUAACUCAGUUGGAUGACACAGUUAAUCAGACGGAAGAGCAAAACAGAGCAAUGUCAGUUUGUGCAACUGCUGCAUUCGUAAUUGUGAACAGAUUUUCGGAGAUAAAGGAUGGUUGUCUUGAAGCCUUGAAUCAGAAGGAGGCUGAGCUUGAUAAGUUAAAAGGAAGUCUUACGGCCAAUGAGUCACUCAUCCAUAGCUGCAGGACUUCAAUGGGUGAGAGUCACAGUGACGAUGUUCUCUUGAAGAAAGAACUAGAGUCCACCCUUGAAAGUCUUGAAGGAGUGAAGACUGAGGUGGCUGAUUACCAUUCUGAGAAAGAGGUCCAGUUUCCUAAGAAGCAGAAUCCAAGAAGUAUCGAAAUUAUUCUGCCACAGGUUCUUGAUUUACAAGCUGUCGUAGAUAAUUUCCAAGAGCAAGUUGGCACUGCAAUGGUUUCUUUAGACUGCAGACUACGGACUGUUGGAGAACUUCUACAACAAUCUAAUAAAUCCUACUUCCAGAAAAGAAAGAUAUAUGAGCUUGAACUUAUAGAUGCCAAGCUAAACGCAGCAGAGAAAGCAGUGGAAUCUUCUUGCUAUCUUGAAAAAUUUGUAGAAAUCCAACACGACAUCAACGAAGCAGAUUUCAUGAUCUACGAGCUGGUGACUGCAAACGAAGCAAUGAAGAGAGAAGUAGGCGAGCUUCGAGGGAACCACCAAAAACAACAAGUGAUUAAUGACAAAGAUGAAAAGUUAAAAGAUAACCUAAUGAUGGAUUUAGGUGCAAAAGAGAUCGAGUUAUUUAUCAUGUCGUCGAGGCUAGAACAAAUGGCUUUAGAAAAUAACGAUCUUGAGAAGGAGAAAAUUAGUAUGUCUGUUGUCCUUGAGAAGUUUAAGGAAGACAUGAUCAUUUCGUAUGUGGAUAUGCAAUUGAAAGAUUGGAUCUUACUGGAAAAAGAUGCUGAGUCGUGUCUUUUGCAGAAAGAAAUCAAGAUGCAGGAAGAAGCUCUUAAGAUUUCUUAUAACCGUAGCUCUGCUCUAGAACAAAUGGCUUCAGAAGCUAACGUUCUUGAGAAGGAGAAGAGUAGCAUGUCUAUGGUCCUUGAGAAGGUUAAGGAAGAUAUGAUCAUUUCGUAUGUGGAUUUGCAAUUAAAAGAUUGGAUCUUACUGGAAAAAGAUGCUGAGGUGUGUCUUUUGCAGAAAGAAGUCAGGAUGCAGGAAGAAGCUCUGAAAAUUUCUUGUAAUCAUAGCUCUGCUCUAGAUAAAAUGGCUUCAGAAAAUAACAACCUUGAGGGGAAAAUGAUUAGUAUGUCUACGGUCCUUGAGAAGUUUAAGGAAGACAUGAUCAUUUCGUAUGUGGAUAUGCAUUUGAAAGAUUGGAUCUUACUGGAAAAAGAUGCUGAGAUUGGUCUUAUGCAGAAAGAAGUCAAGAUGCAGGAAGAAGCUCUUAAGAUUUCUUAUAAUCACAGCUCUGCUCUAGAACAAAUGGCUUCAGAAACUAUCGAUCUCAAGGAGGAGAAAAUUAGUAUGUCUAUGGUCUUUGAGAAGUUGAAGGAAGACAUGAUUAUUUUGCAUGUGGAUAUGCAAUUGAAAGAUUGGAUCUUAUUGGAAAAAGAUGCCGAGGUUGGUCUUUUGCAGAAAGAAGUCCAGAUUCAGGAAGAAGAAGCUCUUAAGAUUUAUUGUGACCGUAGCUCUGUUCUAGAUAAAAUGGCUUCAGAAAAUAAGGAUCUUGAGAAGGAGAAAAUUAGUAUGUCUGUGGUCCUUGAGAAGUUUAAGGAAGACAUAAUUAUUUCGUAUCUGGAUAUGCAAUUCAAAGAUUGUAUCUUACUGGAAAAAGACGCCGAGGUUGGUCUUUUGCAGAAAGAAGUCGAGAUGCUGGAAGAAGCUCUUAAGAUUUUUUGUAACCGUAGCUCUGCUCUAGAACAAAUGGCUUCAGAAACGAAUGAUCUUGAAAAGGAGAAAAUUAAGGAAGACAUGAUUAAUUUGUAUGUGGAUAUGCAAUUGCAAGUCAAGAUGGAGGAAGAAGCUCAUAAGGAGGAGAAUGAGACACUUGUGGUCAUAAUAAAUGACCAGAAAGAUAAGAUUGAAGAAUUUGAAGCUUGUAUUGAAGCUUUAGAAUAUGAGCUUUGUGAAAAUGUUGUGAAAGGCCAGGUUCUGGAAGCUCAGUUGAAGGAGAAGGUAGCUUUAAUAUCGACUCUUGAGGCAGAUUUUUCUAGAGACCGCGAGUCUAUAAAAUCACUAUCUUCUGAAAUUCAUUUGCUGAUGGAAAAUGUUGAAGAUGCCUUAAAAGCGAAAGAGUCGUCCAAGGAGCAAUUGUCAGAGAUGAUGAAGGCCAAGGAGAGCAUGGAAAUAGAAAUUCUUGAAUUGGAAACUGCUCUCGACAAAAACAACACUUUGAUUGAAUCAUUAAAGGGAGAUUUGAAAACUGUUACUUGUGAAAGAUCUGACCUCCACAUCGAGCUUCUUAGAGCAAGGAAGGAGGUAGAGAUGGCACAAGCCCUUGCUGAAAAACACGAGGCAAUUGCUAUGAAAGCAAAACAGACGGGUGAAAUCAGUAUACGGUAUGCGGAAGAGAAGGAAGAGGAGUCAAAACUUUAUGAGAAGUCCGUUGAAGAGCUAGAAUGUACCGUGAAUGUACUGGAGAACCAGGUUAACAUGGUCAAAGGAGAGGCCGAAAGACAACGGUUGCAGAGGGAGGAGCUAGAAAUAGAGCUUCAUGCUUUAAAACAACAGAUUCACACGGUCAAAAAUAGCGAUUCUGAUAUGAGGAGGCAUCUAGAUGAUGAGAAAGAGAAAAACCUUCAAGAUGUUCUUCAACGUAUCAAGAUUCUUGAGAAAGAGAUCGCCUCCAAGGAUGCAGAGAUUAUUCAACAUAAAGAUCACAUCACUGAGUUGAAUCUGCAUGCCGAAGCUCAAGCUAGGGAAUACAAACAGACAUUUAAGGCAUUGGAGGCAAUGGCUGAUCAAGUGAAGCCCGACGGGACUUCUAGGGACCUUUCAAAUUCACCAUCAAAAAGACUAGAAAGAAAUGGAUCAAGGUCAAGGGGUUCUGGUUCUCCUUUCAAGUGCAUUGGAUUAGGCUUGGGACAACAGUUGAAGUCCGAGAGGGAUGAGGAGCUCAUUGCUGCAAGAGUUCGUAUUGAAGAACUUGAAGCCUUAGCUGCAAGCCGGCAAAAGGAGAUAUUCACGAUAAAUGCAAAACUAGCCAUGUCGGGGAGCAUGACUCAUGAUGUACUGCGUGAUCUGUUAGGCAUAAAGUCAGACAUGAAUACUUAUUCGUCAAUAGUGGAUGAUAACCAAAUUGAGGAAGUAACCGGAAAGAUCCGAAUUCAUGAUGCUGACUCACAAGUUAAGGAGCAAGAGGUUAUCAAACUGAAGCAGGAGCUGAAUGAGUUUGUAGUUGAGAGGCAACGGUGGCGGGAGGAAAUUGAAAGAAAACAUGUGGAAAUGGAACAAAUUUGUCUGCAAGAUCAGUUACUUGCAACAGAAAAUGAAAAGUUCAAGAAGAAGGUGAUUGAUCUCGAAGCUGAAAUAAAAAAGUUGUCAGGACUGCAAAACAUCCAACAACGUAUCCAUCAUCAUGCGAAAAUAAAGGAAGAGAACAAUUCAUUAAAGGCUCAGAUCGAUGAAAUCAGUCAUAAGCUGAGAAGAUCAGAAGGAAUAGUUACCCGAGUCAAGGAAGAGCUUGCUAACUUACGUGCAGCAGCCAACGGGAAACAUCCUUGUUGACGUAGAACACCAACUUGGACCUGAAGAGGAGAGCUUCAACUAGAACAGAAAUGGGUGGCUUUAUACACUAGC